AUGAAUCUUGUCAUAACAAUCAAUUCAUUAACUGUCUUUCAUAUAUCUAAAAACAAAUAUGAUAAUCCAUCAAUUCAUAAUACAUUUACAUUUAAACCACAGUCUUCUAUUAAUCAUAUGUUACAUAUUGAUUCAUUUGUUGUUACAGAACAAGUUAUUACUAUUGAUAAUACUGCAUCCAUUGUUCUUGGUCAUAUAACUGUCGAAGCUAGUGUCAAUGUUGAUCAGCAAUUUCAUAAUUAUAUUGAACGUAUUUUGAAACGUUUACCAUCUAGUAUCAAAAUUCAACUUUUAUUCGUACCAUUUAAUACUAUUGUUAAACAACAACAACUACAGUCAUCGUUAGUUGAUAAGAAUCUAAAUAGUCAAAUUCUCGAACGGAUCCUCCCAUUAAAAUUUGUUGAUAAUGAAAUUAUUCCAUCAGGAUUUAUAUUUAUUGGACUUGGAACACAUCAAUCGAUUGGUAUAGGAAUGCAUGUCUACAGCCAUUUUAUUCCAACUGUCGAACGUCAAGAACUCAAUCUACAAGAUCCAUACAUUGCCAAAUGGAAUAAAGAACUUCUUUCAACUGUUGGACAAAUUGCUCGAUGUUUCUACGAUCAAACAAUCAACCAUAGUUCACACAAUAGAUCAGAUAACUAUUACAAUGCUCUAAUAAUAUUAACAACCUGUACAUAA